GAUCAUUAGUGUCGUGUGAACAUUUUUAAACUCGUAAGAUCUCAGUGAACCUUCAACGGUUUUAUGAAAUUUCUUUCGAACUGCCUCUGUGAAGUUCUGCAAUUCUUUGUGACCUGACGCUUACUUAUCCAUUCUUCUGUUCGAAUGCUAGAUACGCUUGUAUGAUCGUGAAUCAUGGCGCGUAAUUAUCAACGUCCGGAGAAUGCUCUUCGAAGAGCCGAAGAGUUUCUCGAUGUCGACAAGCCAAGCCGGGCUCUGGAUGCUCUAUACGAUUUCAUCAAGAGCAAGCGUUUGCGCGCAUCCAACUUGAGCGAGAAGGUGUUAGAACCCAUCAUGCUGAAGUAUUUGACGCUAUGCGUCGACUUGAAGCGUUCGCAUAUUGCAAAAGAAGGUCUAUAUCAAUACCGAAACAUAUGUCAAUCCGUCAAUGUUGCAUCGUUGGAGAAAGUUGUUCGGGAAUACCUGUCCAUGGCGGAGAAGAAAACCGAAACUGCACGGGAAGCGAGUCAUCAAGCCGUGAUCGACAUCGACGAUUUGGAUAACGUAAUUUCUCCAGAGAGCCUGUUGCUCAGUGCUGUUAGCGGGGAAGAUGUGCAAGAUCGAACGGACCGCGCGAUCUUGACACCAUGGGUACGUUUCCUUUGGGAAUCUUACCGACAGUGCUUGGAACUUCUACGCAUAAAUCCUCGUCUGGAGCGUCUUUACCAUGAUAUUGCUCAAAUGGCGUUCAAGUUCUGUUUGAAGUACGGUCGUAAGACCGAGUUUCGCAAGCUUUGCGACUCUCUGCGCACCCACAUGGCGACAAUCGUUAAACAACAAGCUGCCGGAAUCGCUACUAUUCAUCUCACCAACGCGGAAACGCUGAGCAUGAACUCUGAAACGAGGUUAGCUCAACUGGAUGCUGCGAUCCAAAUGGAAUUGUGGCAAGAAGCGUACAAAGCAAUUGAAGACAUCAAUGGGCUUAUGACUUUGAGCAAGCGUAUGCCACAGCCCAGGAUGAUGGCAAACUAUUAUCAAAAGUUGUCAUUGAUCUUCUGGAAAGGCGGGAAUUUGUUGUUCCACGCUGCGACUUUGUUCCGAUUGUUCCACUUGUCCCGGGAGCUGAAAAAGAACAUUUCUCCGACGGAACUUUCGAAAAUGGCUGGUCAAGUUGUCAUGGCCACCCUAGGUGUCCCUCUUCCGUCGUUGCAUCCGGAAUUUGACCGUUUCAUCGAAUCUGAGAAGAAUUCCGUCGAGAAGAUCCAGCGUUUGGCCGCCUUGCUCAACAUGCCUUCCCCUCCGACUCGUCAGGGUUUGGUUCGAGACCUGGUUCGACUGCAAGUGUUGCCUGUGGCACCUGGUCCAUUGCAAAGGCUCUAUUCCAUUUUGGAGGCGGAUUUUAAUCCCCUGACGAUGUGUCGGGAUGUGCAGAAAAUUUUGCUGGGAAUGUCCGAGUCGGAAGACUACAAGCAUCUUGGACAGUAUUCUAAUGCUGUGGAGGACAUGGCGUUGGUUCGUCUUGUCAAACAAGUAGCUCAGGUCUAUCAGACAGUUGAAUUCGACCGCUUGCUGUCCUUGUCAGCGUUCGCAACACCUUUCCGUUUGCAACGCGUGAUCGUCGACCUGGUUCGCCACAACGACAUGCAAGUCCGCAUCGACCACAAGGAUAAAUGCAUUCACUUCGGCGCCGGAAUGACGGAGCGUGCGGAAAGUGAAAUGAGAGAAGGCGGCGUUGUGUUGCAGCCUAUGCCGUCAGAUCAAAUCCGCUUCCAACUCAUUGAAAUGGCCAAAGCUUUGGAAGAAGCCUAUGAAAUGAUUGAGCCUGAAGCCAUUAAGCUUGAACGACUCGAACUCAAGAGGGCUAUCCACAAAACCUACCAUAAUUUCAAGGUGGAGGAGCAUCGUAGGACGUUGAGCCGUCAGCAGAUUAUUGAAGACCGCAAGGAAAUGUUGGAGACUCUAACUCAGCAAAGGGUGGAAGAGGAACGACGUGCGAUGGAGGAACAGUUGGAGAGACACAAGCGAGCAGAAGAAGAAAGGCUCAUGCGAGAGAUGAAGGAAAGAGAACAGAGGAGAAUGAAAACUGAGAUGGAGCAGAUCAAGGAAAGGCAGAGGGAAGAACGAGUGAAGCAGUUGACGCAAACUGCGGUUGGCGCCAAAGUUUUGGCUGGGAUGAAUGAGAAGGAACUGGAGUCCAUCGAUACCGACAUGCUGAUGCAGAAACAGGUGGAAGAGCUUGAGAAAGAGCGCCUGGAGCAGCAGUCAAGAAUGAAAGCGCAAAUGAAGAAGUUCGACCAUUUGGAACGUGCGAAACGUCUCGAGGAAAUCCCCGUUUUGCAAGCCUCCUAUGCUCAGCGCAAAGAAGAAGACAAGCUUUUCUGGGAAAAGGAAGAACUGCAGAUGAUCGAGAUCGCCAAGAAGGAACGCGAGCACGCGAUUGAAACUCAAACGCGAUUGUUCAAGAUGCGCGACGACUAUGACGAGUUUAUGGACAUUUUGUGUUCGCAACGCGAUGAAGAUCAUGCUGCCAAAUUGGCCGAGUUCAACGCCGAACUUGACAAGGAGCGGAAAAAGCGUUUGGCGGAACGAAAGGCGCAGCGGAAGGAGAAGCGACGCCUGGAGCACGAGGCGGAAGUGAAGCGGAAGGCGGAAGAGGAGGACCGACGGAAGAAGGAGGAAGAACGUGAGCGAAGAGAGGCGGAACGGGAGAAAUUGGAUGAGAUUUCGAGGAAGCAACGGCAGAGGGAAGCUGAGGCGGAGGAGAAGCAACAGCGGGCCCUGAAAAUGGCGCCGUCUGAGCGAAGGGAUGAACGUAGGGAUGACAAAUUUUCCACCAGUUGGGGGCCGAGCAAAGAAUCCAGGGGUGACAAGGAAUCGCAACCCUGGCGCUCAUCUGCUGCAUCUGGUGGUGCAUUCUCAAGCCGUGGAAGGGAUGUUUUUGCCAAGAGAGAUGAAGGUCCUCCGAGGCGCGAGGAACGUGAAGAAUCGAGACCGGAGAGUUCCGGGAAAUAUAUUCCACCUGUCAGGCGGACGACGGAAGAACGACGUGGAGACGACAGGGACUCACGAGGGCCGCCGAGCCGCGACUUGGGCCGUGGGCCGCCUCGCGAUUUUGGAGGACCUUCUCGAGACAAGGAGAGGUCAGGUCCUGGACCCGAAGGCUCGUGGCGCCGUGGCGGCGACGGAGGAUUGGGACGUGACAGAGACCGUGAUGGCGGUGGAAUAGGUCGUGACAGAGACCGUGAUCGUGAUGGCGGCGGAAUGGGACGUGACCGCGAUGGCGGCGGAAUGGGUCGUGACCGCGAUAGCGGAAUGGGUCGGGACAGAGACAGGGACCGUGACGGCGGCGGCGGCGGAAUGGGAAGGGAUAGAGAUCGUGAUCGCGAUGGCGGCGGAAUGGGACGAGACCGUGACGGCGGCGGUCGUAGACCUGGUCCCUGGCAACGUGAUGGUCCCAGAGACGGCCCUAGAGAUUUCCGUGACGGCGAUGACCGUCGUGGAAACCGCGAUGGUGACGACCGUCGGGUGACAGUUGGAGUUCGAGGCGAACUGAUGACCGUAAGAGUGAAGAUUGGCGUGGACCCCGUUGAAGCCAACUCCUUGAAAAAGAGAUUUUAUGGCGAAGAUGACAAAGUGAUGGAGUCUUCGAGUCUGGAAGGCCUCGUCGCGUUGAUCGGAUCUGAAAUCGGAGUUAUAAAGCGCGUCUCGUUUAAAUCCGACGAAAAUGGAAAAUUGAAUGCAGUAUGUGAAAAUUUGAACAAACCUUCGCCCAGCGACAGGGUCCACCACGAAGUUGUUUCAAUUUCGGACACAGAUUCGGAUUCUUAUGCCAUUGGCAGAAAGAAUGGGUCCGUCAUCACUUACGGCGUAAAACCAUCUGUUCUUCUCCAUGAUGAUGAUGAUGAUGCCAGGGCAUUCAAAGACGUUGAGAAGUCCGCGACUCUAAUUGGCGCCACGUCAUUCAACAACCGGAUUUUUGGUGCGAUGUCGACGGGAAAAGUGUACGAAUUAAACGAACCCACAGAACCUAUGUUCGAAAUAGUGAAAGAUUCCCGAUUGAAAUGCGAGUUGCGCUGUUUACGUCUGGACAAGAAAACUGGUCGGGUCGCCCUCGCGGGUCGCAAGAUCGAGGCGCAAAUUUGGGACCUUGGGUCACCCGAAAAACCCGUGUUUGUGGGCAAGAAGAUCGGCGUGAAGACAUUAUUGGACGUGCCAGUGUCGACGUCGAUUAACGAUGUCGCCUUUUUCCCGUCCGGACCGGAAAUCAUCACCGGAAGCGAUGACGCGGUUCUGAGACUCUAUGACCCGCGGGUUCAGCGGAAAGCCAUUCGCGAAAUGUCGGUGAAUACGAAACAAGUGAAUCGUGAAGAUGACGAAGCUCCAGUGACGAGGGUUCAAGUGGUUGGCAACUCCAUCAUGGCGGCGACUUCGACGGGACGACUUCGAUUGUUUGACAUGCGGAAAAAAUUGGAGUUGGUGUCGAAUUUCAAGAAUAUCGUGGGUUCAGUGCGGGAUUUUGACGUGUUGAGUGACUGUGGUUCCGGUGUAGUGGCCUCGGUGGGACUCGGACGUUGGCUACAUGUGCACGAUUUGAAAAGUGCGAAUUUGUUGCAGAAAAUUUUCUUGAAAACUUGCUUGAACCGUGUUGUGUUGUAUCGCGAGGAUGUGACGAGUUGAUGCAACGAGCGUUGGUUGAA